GGCCGCGGAAACCCCGCACCCAGCAAGAUGCUGUCCUGGCGGCUGCAGACGCGCCCGGAGAAGGCUGAGCUGCAGGAGCUCAAUGCCCGGCUCUACGACUACGUGUGCCGGGUGCGGGAGCUGGAGCGCGAGAACUUGCUCCUGGAAGAGGAGCUGCGCGGCCGGCGCAGACAGGAGGACCUGUGGGCCGAAGGCCAGGUCCGCUUCGCCGAGGAGGCGCGCGCUUUGCGGCAGCAGCUGGACGAGCUGAGCUGGGCCACGGCGCUGGCCGAGGGCGAGCGCGAUGCCCUGCGGCGCGAGCUGCGGGAGUUGCAGCAGCUGGGCGCGGAGGAGCGCGCCGCCCGCGGGCGCCUGGACGCGGAGCUGGGCGCGCAGGAGCGCGAGCUGCAGGAGGCGCUGGGCGCGCGCGCCGCCCUCGAGGCGCUGCUAGGCCGGCUGCAGGCGGAGCGCCGCGGCCUCGACGCGGCCCACGACCGCGAUGUGCGGGAGCUGCGCUCGCGCGCUGCCGGCCUGACCAUGCACUACCGCGCCCGCGCCACCGGCCCCGCCGCGCCCCCGCCGCGCCUGCGGGAGGUGCACGACAGCUACGCGCUGCUGGUGGCCGAGUCAUGGCGGGAGACGGUGCAGUUGUACGAGGACGAGGUGCGCGAGCUGGAGGAGGCGCUGCGGCGCGGCCUGGAGAGCCGGCGCGAGGCCGAGGAGGAGACGCGGCUAUGCGCCCAGGAGGCGGAGGCGCUGCGCUUUGAGGCGCACGAGCUGGAGCAGCUGCGCGCGCAGCUGGAGGACGAGCUGCUGCGGAUGCAAGAGGCUUACGAGCUGCAGGCGGAGGAACGGCAGAGAGUGAUUGACUGCUUGGAGGAUGAGAAGGCAGCCCUUGCCUUGGCCAUGACCGACCGGCUGCGGGACUAUCAGGAGCUCGUGCAGGUGAAGACCAGCCUCAGCCUGGAGGUGGCAACCUAUCGAGCCUUACUGGAAGGAGAAAGUAAUCCAGAAAUACUGAUCCGGAUGAAACACGUUGAAAAUAUACCAGAAGAAUUCAGAAACACAUCCUAUCAAUACACCAGCUCAGUAUUGCAGAGGGAAAAUGAAAGAAACCAGUUCCCAAGGCAGAAGGUACCUCCAGCGAGUUUAAAUCACCUCUCGGGGCUGUAUCCGAGCAGGCGUACCGGAAGUGCUGCCCGAGGUAGCUUCCUGGGCUCUGGAUACUCCUCUGCGGCCUCCGUCCGGCAGGAAAAUGCUUAUGAAAAAACUGCCAACAAUCGAACCAGCUUCAGAACUUUUUCUCCAGCCUAUGGUCUUUCAAGAAAAACUGAAGAGCAGGUGAAAACCCUCUCUGAAAGACCAAAAACUGAAGGUGAAGGUGAUGUCAUCAGUUCCAUAGCCAGGGGCUCCACCGUUGCCCGAAAGACGUACCAGGAACGCCGAGACAACAUGGCAGUGGGCGCUUCUGCGAGCACAUGGUCAAAUGAGAGGACUGUCACUUCGAGAAAGGAAACAGAAGUGAAAGCCACAAGGGAGCAAGGUAGAGACAUACCAGGAACUAUCAGAACAAAGCAAGAAGAGAAAGUGUUUGAUUCCAAAGAGAAGGCUUCUGAGGAGAGAAACUUAAGGUGGGAAGAACUGACAAAGUUAGAUAAAGAAGCAAGAAAGAGGGAAAGUCAGCAAAUGAGGGAAAAGGCUAAAGGGAAGGAAUUGCUGAAAGAGAAAAAUGUGCCAGAAAGAGAGAUACCGAUUAGUCUGGAAGCAUCCCAGGGCAGCACCCCAGAGGUGUCCCCAGAAGGCUUCCAGACGUCUGUCAAGAAGGAUGUUAGUGGUGGGACAGACGAAAGGGUGGAAACAAGAGAGGCAAGCUUCAGGAUGGAUGCCGGCGACAUUCCCAGCUCUGUGAAAGGUGACUCCAUGACUGAAACCAUUGCAGAAAACAUUGUCUCCAGUAUCCUUAAGCAAUUUACCCAGUCUCCAGAUACAGAAGCAUCUGCUAAUUCUUUUCCAGACACAAAAGUCACUUACAUGGAAAGGAAAGAGCUUCCUGGUGACAGGAAAACAAAGACUGAAAUCAUCGUGGAGUCUAAACUGACUGAGGAUAUCGAUGUUUCGGAUGAAGCUGGCCUGGACUACCUUUUAAGCAAGGAUGUGAAGGAAGUGGGGCUGAAAGGAAAAUCUGCUGAGCAGAUGAUAGGAGAUAUUAUCAAUCUUGGUCUGAAAGGAAAAGAGGGGAAAGCAAAGGUCGUCAGUGUGGAGAUCGUUGAAGAGCCCAUGAGCUACGUGGGAGCAGAGAAGGCAGAGGAGUUCUCCACCCCGUUUGAAGUGGAAGAGGUCGAUGAUGUGUCUCCAGGCUCCAAGGGGCUUGUUGAGGAAAAGGAAGGUUAUGGAGAAACAGAUACCACGUUCUCGGUCAAUGAACGUAAAAGGACCAAGCAGCCACCUCAGAACACAACUCAUGUUGAAGAAGUGACGGAGGCAGGUGACUGGGAGGGAGAGCAGAGUUACUUUGUGUCGACUCCAGAUGAACACCCAGGGGGCCAUGACAGAGAGGAAGGCUCUGUGUACGGGCAGAUCCACAUUGAAGAAGAAUCCACCAUCAAGUACUCGUGGCAAGAUGAGAUUGUGCAAGGGACUCAGAGGGGAAGGAAGAGGGACGACUCGUUGGGAGAGAAGGUUGUGAAGCCAUCGGAUGUUCCAGCUCCCGCUCCGGAGGGGGACUUGGAUUCUUCUUACUGGAGAGAACAAGCUAAAAGUGGCGAGUUUCAUGCUGAGCCCACAGUCACUGAGAAGGAAAUUAAAAUACCACGUGAAUUUCACACAUCCAUUAAGGAUGUCUUCUCCAAGGAACCCAAACAGCAGCUGGGGGAGGUUAUCGGGCAGCUGGAGGAAAGCCUUCCUGAGCGAGUGAGGGAAGAGCUGUCUGUCCUCACUCGAGAGGGUGCAGGAGAGCCUGAGAGCAUUUCGGUGGAUGUAAAGCAAGUCCAGACUUCUGGCGGUGGCACCACGACCUUAGUUGCUGAAGUCAAUCUCUCACAGACUAUAGAUGCUGAUAAGUUAGAUCUAGACAAACUGAGCAGAGAUGAAGCCAGUGAAAUAGAGAGAGCUGUGGAGUCGGUGGUCAGAGAGAGUUUGACCAAGCAACAUAGCCAUGUGCCUGGAAGCCCUGACACGGAAGGUGGAACGGAGGCCCCAGCCACUGGCAUUAGCUUCAAGCGCUGGGCCACCAGGGAACUGUACAGCCCCUCUGUUGAGGGGGAUGAUGCCAGUCCAGUCUCUCCCAGCACAGAGCAGGUCACCCGCCAGGGUCCUGUGUCGGCCACCGUAGAAGUCAGCAGCCCCAGGGGCUUUGCCCAGUCACAGGUGCUGGAGAACAUAAGCCAGUCUGUAAGACACAUUCAGAUAGGCCCUACUGAAAUCUGGAGGACUGAGCAAGUCUUGUCUGAAGGACCCACUGCAGAAGUGGUGGAGGUAAGUGGAGAAGGAGACCUUGAUCAGGCAGAGGCCUCAGCGGGAGCCAGCUGGUCUGUGAGGCACCUCACGCUGGGUCCUAGACAGAGUCAGAUGUCCCAAGAAGUCUUCUUCCGAGGGCCUGUCCCUGCCCCUCAGGAAGAAGGGGGCACAGAAGAGCCUGGCCAGGCUGAGUUUUUUACAGACGCUGACCAAUCGGGGAGGCACAUGUUUGGCUCCAAACAAUUUCAUGCUAAAAAGGAAAUUAUUUUUCAGGGUUCUAUUCCUGGGGCAGGGAAGGCUGGUGAUUAUUUUCAAACUGAAGAGUCCACGGGUACCCAGGCUUCUGUAAGGCACCUCAGAUUAGACCCUGAAGAAGGGUUCAGUGAGCAAGUCCAUUUCACAGACCCAAUUCUAGAGGAAGUGGAAUCGAGUGUCAGAGGGGGUUCUGAAGACACUGGUGAGCUGCCUCGUCACAGCACAUCCACCAGGCACAUCCAGAUCGGUCCUCAGAAGCACCACACUGCUGAGCAGAUAGUUUACCAGGGACCCAUUCCCCAGCCCGUGGGAUUUAGUGACUCAGAAGGCACUGUCCACAGAGAGGGCUCAGCAGACAUAACCCAAGCCAGUCGCAGUUACACUUCGGGAAAAACAAUUCUCAUGACUGAAAAGAGCUCCUUCCAAAGGGCUGCUCCUGAAUCUCCUCUGGAGAAGAGUGCAGGAGGUUCAUCUGAGGCAGAAGGGACAUCAGAUGUUAGCAGGUCCUUUAGGCACAUUAGACUAGGUCCUACUGAAACCGAAACCUCUGAACACAUUGUCUUCCGUGGACCCAUUUCCAAAACGUUUGCACUUGCUGGUGCAGUGGGUUCCCCUGAGCUAGGUGAGUUAGCAGACAGCAGCAGGUCGCUAAGGCACGGUACACUGGGGCCCAAAGAAACUUCCUUUACCUUUCAGAUGGAUGUGAGUCACGUAGAGGCGGCCCCCGGCUCCGCCCAGUGGACACAAGAGGCCACGGUCCACUUCCCUGAGGGGAAGGAAGCGGCAGCUCCCGGUGUGUCUGACGGUGGAGCCUGGAGAGACGCUGGCAGUAGGAAGGACCAGGCAGAGGGCAGGAGCUUUCAGGCCCCUGUUGGUGAUGGAAACCAGGCCCAGGGGCCAGAGGGCAAGGAGCAGGCUGAGUUUGAUAAGAUAGUGCAGCUGCAGAGGAUGGUGGACCAGAGAUCGGUGGUGUCUGACGAGAAGAAGGUUGCCGUGCUCUAUCUAGACAAGGAGGAGGAGGAGGGCGAUGGGCACUGGUUCUGAGAAACACAAAUGUGUAGCUUUAAAUAGCAUCUUAUUUGCUAACAUACCAACAUACAAAGGCCUUUACUUAUUUUAAGGGGGGGGCCUCACUCUGUGAAAGCCGCUCCUUUUUUUUACUUUCUUCAAAGAGGCAACGGUCAAUUUACUUUAUAGUUACUCUGCAGAGAUUUCAGAUCAAUUCAGGCCUUAAAAGGCAUUGGAGUUUUAUUUUUGAGUUGGGACUUCUACAGAAUACUUUUUAAUCUUAGAAGAUUCUUUUUUCUGAAGUAUUCUCUCCACUUCUGGAGACAGUUUUCCACGUGGCCACAGAAAUGCCUCACAACGUUUUGCAACCAUGGUUAUCUAUACGUAAGGUGCCUACGCAGUAACCAGAUUAAUAUAUUUAAGAAUAAGUUUUAUUUGCAUGUGCUAACAUGGGAUAGCAAGCUAACAGUUUCAGGGAAAAAGGAAUGCAGUUUUCUUUUUUCCAAGUCUUUUCAAAUAGAAAUCCUAAGAAAUAAGCAGUCUGCUUAUAGAUUUAAAAAAAUCUGCUAAAUAAUUUUAUCUUUAGGAAAAAGUUCUUUGAAUAGGGUUAAGUUAAUUUUAAGUUUUGAACGGAUUGGCUUUCCAUGGGCAGAACUUUAAAAAACAGAGUGUUUUAUUUGUGGAGAGGACAGCUGUAGUCUGUUUAAAAUCAACAUACUGGCUGUGUGUGCACAGCGUCCUAGAACAUGGCGUGAGAUCCACGUGUGGGUAGGAUGAUUGACUUGCUUGCAGUAGCGCUUUGUUUUUGCAGCACUAGGCAAAGUAGCAUAACCUAAGCUCUGAAACAGCCAGCCCCUACCAGAGUAUGCCUGAGCUUCUCUGCACCUUAACCUUUAGCACCUAAACAUUUCAUUUCACUGGUGGGAGGUGGACCUGAAGAGAAUUUGACACUCAGGCUGCAGCUGGACUUGCAAGAUGGUGUGUGUGCAGUAAAAUCCGAAACACAAGGUGGUUGGGUGCCUCACAAAUAAGCCGUUCUCAGCCCACCGUUAGCAGAGUGGUGGUCUCUCUGAGCUCGGAGACUGAAUGAUGAAAAUGAUUAAAAAUCACAACAACAACCAGACCUCAUGGAAUUUUUGCACUUUCAACAGAAAUAAUUGCAGCUGGGGUGUUUUGUCUAGGGAAAGGAAAAUAUGUUAAAUAGAAUAAGAUGCCGCAGAGAAGGAAAUGGGUGGCCUCUCCCGCAGCCAACACAGAAGCACCCAGGAGUGGCCCCAGAGGAUGGCAAAGGCCCCGUUUUCACGGGCCACGGUGUGCGAGCCUGCAGACAUACGCACAAUCUGAGAUAUUAGAGUGUGCUGUGUUAGUUUUAUCUUACACAGUGUGUUUUUAAAGCUUCCAUCUUUAAAGGCCUAGAGUCGCGUAAAAGUAGCACCUCCAGCAACGUAACCUUAUUUUAGUCCAAACUAGAGUCUCUUUGCACGUAGUGCUGUCUGGACUGUACUCCUGGCGUAGCUAGCAUCUUGUAACUGACUGUCGUAUGCUGAGGAGUGAGGAUCCAAGGGUAACGUCAUCCUCAGGUAGGCUGUCGUGAGGUGGCGGAGGGGUGACGGCUUGUGAAGAUCUUGCCCCGGCACAGUAAACCUAAGGGAGGCAUCCGAUCACACCAUGGCUCGUGGACACGUGGGGCACACCUCCCUGGGCUGUGGUAACAGCUUUAGCAGGCGGUCUACGGGGAAUGUGUUUAAUUGAUAAGUAGAGAAGGAAUGUAGCUAUGGUGAUGGUGGAAUAAUUUGGAAGAGUACAGUGGUGACGGAUGUGCAACGUGAUGACCAUAAUCCAUGUCACUGAAUUAUAUGUGCAAAAAUUGUUGAGUUGGCAAAUGUUUUAUUAUACGUAUUUUUAACCACAAGUACAAGACAAAACCACUUGUGAAUCAAAGUAUAGAAAGAGAAAAAGUUGAUUUGGGUUGUAAGUUUCAAACUUCUUUUUUUACAGCUACCAAAAUGAACUCAUGAUUAGCAUAAAUAGGUUCAGCAGUGGUCAUGGCUCCACAAAGACUUGUUUAUUUUAGUUGUAACUGGUAAUGGUGUUUGUAUAAGUGUUUUAUUGGUGGCCAUUCGAUCAAGGUGACAGCCUAGUGUUUUGAUGGCAAAACAGAAGUGGCUUAGUUUGAUGUAACUAUCCUAGCUUAUAGCCUUGCAGAUGAAUGCUAACACGACCCAUUUCUACUUUCUCUGGAAAAUAAUGUUAAUAUCUUAGACCUUAAUUUUUCUGUCCAAGUUGAAGAAAUAUUCCACUACAAGUUCUCCCAUAUGGAAUCCUGAGCUGUUGUGAGUUAUGAAGUCCUUGGAUCAUUCAGAAGCAGCGUGUGCCCUUGACAUGAUGACAGGCCAUCCCACAGCUCUGUGGUGUUAAAACCAGUCACUAGAGACAACAGAUCAAUUUUGUGGUUGGAGGGAAUGGGGACAAAACCAGUCUUCUCCCGUUUAUUGUUGUUGAGACAAAAUGAUAUCAGUGGGUUUUCCAACUUCCCACUGGUUAUGGUAUUGUCUGUUUAAAAUGCAUAUUCAGAAUGGAGUCAUCUAAAAAGCUAAUUUUGCUAACCUCCUAUUCCUUGUGAAAGGAAAUGUCACAAGAAUGUGUAAAAAUAAAAAUCUAAGAAAGAAAAAA